AUGCGGCGUGGUAAAUUUAGUUUCAGCGCAGAUUAUCAGCCUCUGACACCCAUUGCUGAAGAAGACCCCAUGCAUGAUGACCUAGACAUCGCAGUACCCAUCCCAGAGACCGCAACAGCUUUGAACAAGACUGCUGGAGAAUCACAAGUCGCAUCACCCAAAUCUAUCCAAGACACCGCUCGAAAUGCAAUCUCUCCCGUCAAAAACGAAGUAACUAACUCGGCAGCUGGCACGACUACCCAAGAGCCCCAGCAGAACACUGACCAGGCGUCCAUGUCAAGCAACACACUAUUCGCAGAUCAAAUCGCUAGGGUAAAGAACUUGAAUACUUCUUUUGAGCAGCUUCAGUUGAAAGCUGCCAGUCUCUUUUCCCGGAUCGAUGCGCUUCAGGCGGAGAUUGACAUGGUGCGCAUGGCUCAGAUUAAAUCUGUGGAACAUCGUGCCAUGGCAUUACAGAUAAGAAUUGAGGCGCUGAAGAUGGAGAGGAUGCUGAGGGAUGAUAUCAGUGAAGAGGUAUCGUAG